AUGGUCAAUCAAGGUCUUGUUAAAAAACCAGUUUUUUCCUUUUGGUUUAAUCGCAAUGCUGACGAGGAAGAAGGGGGUGAAAUUGUCUUUGGUGGGGUUGAUUAUAGUCAUUUCAAGGGUGAGCACAACUAUGUUCCUGUGACCGAGAAAGGCUAUUGGCAGUUUGACAUGGGUGAUGUCCUAGUUGAUGGUGAAACAACUGGGUUUUGUUCUGGUGGCUGUUCAGCAAUUGCCGAUUCUGGAACCUCUUUGUUGGCAGGACCAACGACUGUGAUUGCUCAAAUUAAUCAUGCCAUUGGAGCUUCAGGGGUUAUAAGCCAGGAAUGCAAGUCAGUGGUCACCCAAUAUGGGAAAAACAUUUUGGAACUUCUAUUGUCUGAGGUACAAGCCCAAAAGAUAUGCUCCCAAAUUGGUCUAUGCUCUUAUGAUGGUACUCGAGAUGUUAGGUCAGAGAGCGUGGUGGACAAGGGCAGUGAUAAGCCUUCUGGUGCUCUGCAUGACCAGAUGUGUACCGCUUGUCAAAUGGCAGUUGUGUGGAUGCAAAAUCGACUUAAGCGAAAUGAGACAGAAGAAAAAAUCUUGGACUAUGUCAAUCAGCUCUGUGAACGACUGCCUAGUCCAAAUGGAGAAUCAGCUGUUGACUGUAGCAAUCUGUCUUCAAUGCCCAGUGUUUCCUUUACCAUUGGUGGUAAAGUAUUUAACCUCCCCCCUAAACAGACUUUUUGGUACAUGGCUAAUAUAUUGUUGAAGGGCGAGUUAAUCUCUACUUACCGAUUUGGUAUCAUAUAUAUCUUGCAGAUUUUGGGAGAUGUCUUCAUGGGUUACUACCACACGGUGUUUGACUAUGGUAAUAUGACAGUUGGAUUUGCCGAAGCAGUAUGA